GCAGCGGAGGCGAUUUCUUGGCGGCGGAAGCGACCGGGAGGGCGAGUGGCCGGGGGGGCUCGAUGGGGCUGGGCGACGUGGGGCUGUGCUGAGGUGGCCGGCGCCAUGGACUGAGUGAGCCGGGGUCUGUGCUGGUCAGCCACGCCCCACUGUGGGCGCACCACUCUUUCUUCAGGUGGAGGCAGACAUACCAGCAUAUAGUUGUAAUAAUGGAGUCUAUGCUAAACAAAUUGAAGAGCACUGUUACAAAAGUGACUGCAGAUGUCACUAGUGCAGUAAUGGGAAACCCAGUUACCAGGGAAUUUGAUGUUGGCCGACAUAUUGCUAGUGGUGGCAAUGGGCUUGCCUGGAAGAUUUUUAAUGGCACUAAAAAGUCUACGAAACAGGAAGUGGCAGUUUUUGUGUUUGAUAAAAAGCUAAUGGACAAAUAUCAGAAAUUUGAGAAAGAUCAAAUUAUUGAUUCUUUAAAACGAGGAGUUCAGCAGCUAACAAGGCUUCGGCAUCCUCGGCUGCUAACUGUGCAACAUCCAUUAGAAGAAUCUCGGGACUGUUUGGCCUUUUGUACAGAACCAGUUUGUGCAAGUUUAGCUAAUGUACUUGGCAGUUGGGACAAUCUUCCUUCACCUGUGCCCUCUGACAUCAAAGAAUACAAACUUUAUGAUGUAGAAACAAAAUAUGGUUUGCUUCAGGUUUCUGAAGGCUUGUCAUUUCUACACAGUAGUGUAAAAAUGGUCCAUGGUAACCUUACUCCUGAAAACAUAAUUUUGAAUAAAAGUGGAGCAUGGAAAAUUAUGGGGUUUGAUUUCUGUAAUCAGUCUACAAAUCCAUCUGAGCAAGAGCCUAAAUUCUCUUGCAAAGAAUGGGACCCAAAUUUGCCAUCUUUGUGUCUUCCAAAUCCCCAAUAUUUGGCACCAGAAUACAUCCUUGCAGUGAGCUGUGAAACAGCCAGCGACAUGUACUCUCUAGGAGCAAUUAUACACGCUGUUUUUAAUAAUGGAAAGCCUAUCUUUGAGGUCAACAAGCAAGAUAUAUAUAAAAGUUUCAGUAGGCAGCUGGAUCAGCUUAGUCGCUUAGGUUCCAGCACCCUGCAGAACAUUCCAGAGCAAGUCCAUGAGCACGUAAAGCUACUGUUAAAUGUGACUCCUGCAGUCAGGCCAGAUGCAGACCAAAUGACUAAGAUACCCUUCUUUGAUGAUGUUGGGGCAGUGACACUACAGUACUUUGAUUCUUUAUUCCAAAGGGAUAAUCUUCAAAAGUCACAGUUUUUUAAAGGACUGCCAAAGGUUCUACCAAAACUGCCCAAGCGUGUUAUAGUGCAAAGGAUUUUGCCGUACUUGACCUCUGAAUUUGUAAAUCCAGAUAUGGUACCCUUUGUUUUGCCUAAUGUUCUGCUCAUUGCGGAGGAGUGUACCAAAGAAGAAUAUGUAAAGUUAAUUCUCCCUGAUCUCAGCCCUGUUUUUAAACAGCAAGAACCAGUCCAGGCUAGCAACAUGAUUCUGUUGAUAUUUCUUCAAAAAAUGGACUUGCUCCUAACCAAAACUCCUCCCGAUGAAAUAAAAAACAGUGUUCUACCAAUGGUUUAUAGAGCCUUAGAAGCACCUUCAAUUCAGAUACAGGAACUGUGCUUGAACAUAAUUCCUACAUUUGCUAACCUUAUAGACUAUCCAUCAAUGAAAAAUGCACUGAUACCAAGAAUUAAAAGUGCAUGUUUACAAACAUCAUCUCUUGCGGUUCGUGUAAAUUCCUUAGUCUGCUUGGGAAAGAUUUUGGAAUACUUGGAUAAGUGGUUCGUUCUUGAUGACAUUCUGCCCUUUUUGCAACAAAUUCCUUCCAAGGAGCCUGCAGUCCUUAUGGGAAUUCUUGGUAUUUAUAAAUGUACAUUUAGUCAUAAGAAGCUGGGAAUUACAAAAGAACAACUUGCAGGAAAAGUGCUGCCACAUCUGAUUCCUCUUAGCAUUGAAAACAAUCUUAACCUCAAUCAGUUUAAUUCCUUCAUUUCAGUCAUAAAAGAGAUGCUAAAUAGAUUGGAAGCUGAGCAUAAGACCAAACUUGAACAAAUUCAUAUUAUGCAAGAACAGCAAAAAUCUUUGAAUAUAACAAACCAAAUGAGCGUAUCUGAAGAAACGAAAGCUAAUAAUACAGGCAAUCAGAUUGACAAGGUGUUUACCAAUCUACAGACAGAUAUCUUAACUGCUGGAUCUGAUUGUAAAGAAAAUGGACUGUUGAAAAAUCAGAGAAAGGGUUCACUUACUCUUGAAGAAAAGCAAAAAUUAGCAAAAGAACAAGAACAAGCACAGAAACUGAAAAGCCAACAGCCACUUAAACCUCAGCCUCAUAUAGUUACUGCUCCAGUCAAACAGACCAAGGACCUAACAGAUACUUUGAUAGAUAACAUGGCAUCUUUGGCUAGCCAGUCGCUCAGCAGACCCAAAGUUCCUUCUUCAAAUAGCUUUUCUUCAGUUCCAUCCAUGGGUAUUGGACUAGGGUUUUCAUCACCUGUUGAGAGCACUAAGAGAAAUGGACUAAAUGCUAAUGUAGGAUUUCAGCCCUCAGGAUUCAGCAUGGGGGUUGGUACCACAAGCCCGAAUUUCUUCAGUGGCGCUGGAGUCCCUGGAAUGGCCAAUAUGAACAUGUUGCCUACAGGCAACAUGCCAACUUUCAGCACUAUGAGCACUACAGCUGCAGUUUCGCAGCCAGCACAGCAAAACAGGCCGACAGAUAUGUCCUCUUUAGAUAGCCUGUUUGGGCCUCAGAAACCCAAAAUUAGCAUGAAUCAGUUAUCACAACAAAAAACAAACCAGUGGCUUAAUCAGUUUGUACCUCCUCAGGGUGCCAGCAGUUCUCUUCCAGGAACUCAGAUGAAUGUAGUUGGACAGCCUGGAUUUGGUUUACAGGGAAAUCCUUUCUUUAAUCCUCAGAACUUUACGCAGCCUACAAACAGCAUGACAAGCAGCAGCUCAGCAAGUAAUGACUUAAAAGAUCUCUUUGGAUAAUUGUUGUCACGAGGAAGUUGAUGUUGUAGACGUCUCACUAUGCCUGGCAAAAGCUGACUUGAGAACAAAAUGGACCAGAGAAAGGCUGUUUCAACAAUGAGAUAGUAAUAUGCUUAUUUUCUUAGGCACCAAGAGAUCCCUAUCCCCUUCUACAGUUUUGAGGCCAAGUUUUAUCAAUCCCAGAGUUACAAACAUUAGAAACUGCAUACCUCGCCACUUCAGGAAUUUUGUCUUGUAGCCACUGUGUAGUACUAUAAAUAAACAUCUUACAAAUAAAAGGAAAUAGAUUGUAUUUACUGAUGGGUCCACUAGAUGCACUACAUAUAUGCCCUGGUCUCUUGUUGAUCUUGUUUGAAUUUGGUAUGAAAUUAAGAAUAAGUUGUAAAUACAUCUUGGUAUAGGAUGGGUUGUUCUUGGAUGCAUGUGUUACUAUGCAGCUAUAAUAAUAGUACAAAACUAUUUUUUGGAGAAGUACAAAGUUACUCACCUUCUCGUAAAUUGUUACCACAAGUAGCACUCUCCCUAAUAAAGUACAUCAAAAGAGAGAUAUCCUUUUAACAGAGAUACUGUUUGUUGUAAAACAAAAACUGCCUGGGUGACCAUAUGACAUAACUUUCCCACUAGUAACCUUUGCUGAAGUAUCAUCUCCUACAGUGGAAGCCAUGUAGUUGGCAUGGUGACCUUAAAAUCCUGCCUAAAUGUGUAUGGCACCUUAACCAUGCCUAUGUUUAUAUUUAAAUCCUGGAUUUUGAAAUAAUGCCAGUGCAAAUUAAUGAAUAAAAAUGUGUUUUAAAUCAUUCUACAGAAUUCUUUUUUAGAAUUUAGAAAUUAUUUUCAUUCUGCUUAAAGCACUGGCAUAAUUAUGAAUAGAGUUUGGAUAUCUUGUUAAUGCCACUGGCUACUUCUGAGACAAAAGUUGAAGCUUGACUGACGUCUGAUGCAUAUAUGUUAUGGAUUCAGAUUUAAUUGAGCUCUGUUUCUUUAGAUUACUGUAAAUUGAUUCAUUACAAAGAAAGUGAUGGAGCAGUCUGCUAUGAUGAGAUUAUUGCAUUUAGACCAAACUGUUUUUCUGUUUGUAGUUUCAGGGUCAUCUGAAAGACUGAUAUGAACUUUUAUAAUACCAAGUGUGGAAUAAAUAGCUAUUGUUGCAUGUUUUGAAGUACUCGUCCAAAUUAAAAAGUUUCUCCAAUCUAGAUGCAGCAGUGUAUCCCGUUGAUUAGGUGGGCAACCGUAUUUCACUUCUCCAAGAUAGAAUAUUAUCCCACUGCUUAUUUUUACUGGGCUUUAACUAUUUCUUUCCACGGAAUUUUAGGACCUUUGUUACAUAUAGCUGGCUAUUUUGAGAAGGAAAGAAUUAGUUACCUUUUUAUAGAAAGCCUACACAUGUUUUUCAAAACCUUUCACUGAAUAAAUUAUUUCCAUUUCCUGCUUCAGAAACCAAAGGCCUUAUGCUGUAAAUGUGAGUUGUAUUUUAUUAAAUUAUAUUUCCAAUUUUAAGCAGUGAUAAGAUAAAUGUAUCUAAAGAACUUUUUAUUAUAGCUGCUGCCUUAGUACUUUACUUUAUAUCUCUGGGACCAGUGAUAAAAUUGUGUUUUGUUUUUAAAUACUUGUGGUAUUCAACUGCAAUUGAUACUCUCAUUGAACUAUACUUAAUUAGCUACAUAAUUUGUGCAUAAAAUUAUGACCAUUAAAUGAAGUGUAUAUGUGGUUCUUUGGUCUCCAGGUUUCUUAAAAUUUAACGUUCACAUAUAUGCCUUUGGUAUAAUUUGUUCAAUGUUAUGACAACGUGGUUUCCCAAACUUUAAAAGAAGAGACGAAGAUUUAGCACUCUAAAUCAAAUCAAAAGUGCUAAAACAGAAGUCUUUUAGGAUACAGUUAUAGAUUUAUUGUAAAAUCUCAUACUUGUGUGGGGAUUUCCUUGGUAACCUGACUUUGGUUUUAAAUAAUAAACCUGACUUAUAUGGUUUUAAAUAA